UACAUACAUAUGAAAAUCCAGAGGAUAUUCUUCCCAAUCGAAAACCCAGCAACCUAAAGAGAGCACUGCUCAAAAGCGAGAAGAGGAACAUAAAGAUAAGAAAGAUUAUCCCAGGUUUGCAACCUACAGCAUUUUACCGUGGUAAUACCGGGAGGCUGCAGUCCUGCACAAAUCUGAAGGCACAAAUAGUGCCUCAGGUCCCAGAAGAACACUCAGGGAGGCAACUCAACAACCCUUCCAAGACCAUCCAUGGACACCUCCGUGGCCUCGCCGGGUCAUGGUGAGAUUUCGUCAAAAUCUGCGUCAAACCGGAAGCGCUCCUCGCCCGGCGCAAGCAGUAGCCACUCUGGGGAACCGAACGGCGGGAUGGAGUCGCGGAAGGAUGGCUCGCUGUCCCCACGGAAGAGGGUCAAGGUAGACGACGAUGUCGCCAACCGGGCACGUGAGCUGAAAGCAGGCACGAUAGAGGUGCUGCAGUCUGCUGGCCAAGAGCCACUGCAGACUAGUGAAAGCGCUGUCGAGGCGCCCCCAAAGGCGCGCAGUGGAUGGAACCACGGAGUCAGUAACGGCCUGCGGACCUCCUUCGCCGGAGCCGCCAAGGACAGAUUUGCCAGGUCAUCGUUGGCGCGAGCACCGGAAUCCCCAGCAUCGUUCGAUGCCGGUUCCGUCUCUGACAGCAGGGUGACGGGCGACGGUGAGGAUGUGAUAUCUCCGGCCCAAGACGGGCAGUCAGAGAGUGAGCGUGUUGCAGAGGAACCGGCUCGCAACGGUGCACAGCCAGCUAGCGUCAAGACGACUUCGCAGAAAGCACAGGAACCAAGCGAUUGGGUCAUGCCACCACCAGCGUCUCCUGCCUGGCACUCUCAGGUCAAAGGAAAACACCAGAGCGUCUGGGAACAGAAGUUUGUGGAUUGGUGCAAGACAUUGCUACAACUGAAUUGGAAGAAGAUCAGAGUCGAUACCGCUCGGGGACGGAACCGAGUCUUUGAGACCUAUUCGAAAUGGAUCGGUACGGUUGAUGGUCUAUCUAAAAACAAAGCGGCAGUUGCCAGGCGCGCAGCUGUUGACUAUUCGCAGACUGCCCAGUUUGUGGCGGAUCUCGCUGAUAUUCCCCCUCCAAGCGAGCCGCAGCCAAUGGAUCCGCUACCCUCGGUGGCAGAGGACAAGGUACUGUCUGCGGCGGCCAUCAAAGCCAGCGAGAUCCCUCGUGCGAGCAUUGUCGGGCCAGACGGACUUGAUAGCGGAUAUCGUGCGAGGUACUUCCCUGGCAUUGGUCCAGACGAGACCUUUUGCCUGAUGUGCGCUACUCGCGGUCACGACUCGGCCGAGUGUCCAGAAAUGGCUUGCCGCUUCUGCCCUGACGCGGGUAAACACCCGUCGUUCAGCUGCCCGACACGCCUACGCUGCAUAAAGUGUAGGCAGCUUGGCCACACAAAGAAGGACUGCCAGGAGAAGCUGGCCCUGGCCCCAGAGGAAAUGGAGUGUGCAUUCUGUCAAUCUCCCGAUCACUUGGAGGCGUCCUGUUCUGUGCUGUGGAGGAGUUUCUCCUUCAACCCCGACACUGUCCGCAGAGUUCGCUCCCUACCGAUAUUCUGCUACUGCUGUGGUCGCCAAGGCCACUACGGUCCCGUCUGCGGGUUGAAUCCCCAGAGGGCGGACAAAAGCCAGUGGGAGACAUGGAGCCAGCUGAACUGCGAUCGGUACAUAGAUCCAGCUUCAACCGAAGUGGCCAUUGCUUUCUCAGGGUCUGGUGUCAACAGUGCAUCGUCGUACGACAGGCCAGAUCUCGGCAAGAGCAUUGUUCCCAGAAGACAUAUCAUAUUUGAAGAGGCGGAGGAUGAGGAGAAUGAGGGCUUCAUACGUCCGCCAGUGCAGAAAGCCGGGCGGACUGGGCAUAUCGUCUUUUCUAACAAUAGCAGGUCUAACAACCCGGGAGAGACGCGGUCAAGCAAGCAAUCCACUGCGAGUUACGCGAGGGGGGGCUAUUCGCGUGCAGAGCCACCGCUGCCACCAGGGCCUCCUCCUCCGCUGCCGCCACAGGGCUACCGGGAGGACAGUCGGCCAAAUGGAGGUCAGCGCGCACGAAAAGGGAAGAGAGAAAGGAAUCGGAGCAACUAUUGAGCAGAGGAGUCGUCUGAUACACUGAGAGUCGUUGUUUACUUUUCAUGUUGGGCGAACACCCAGGAAAUGUAGUUAUAUUCCCCGAGCAAAGAUCGAGAGGGGUGCAUCAGGGGCCAUAAAACUGCCGAGUCCAACCAGAAGCGAUGUCACUCUUCAUAGCAUCCAGAACGUUUCGCCGAGCAUGUUGCCGGGCCAGUCGAUUGGCGGUGAGAGUAUUGGAACGAUGGUGGAUACUGGACAACCUUGAUUUAAUCGCGCACGCAAAGAGUAGGAGGCAGAGUCCACAACUUGGAAGAGGUGGGGCGGCAAAGGAAAGGCGGAGAGGGCGUAGGACAAGCGCAUUCGAGUCGCGCAGACUCGACGAAUCGACGCGUCGAACCCUCACGAAUCUGGCUGAGCCCA